UCGUGCUCGACGUUACUUGUCCACAAAGUGCGCGAGUGUAUUAUUAUAUAUAACAUGUGAGAUUACAGAGUCCACUAAACUCACUUGUAUUCGUAGUCUUAAAUCAAAAUGUGCGACACAUGGAAAGUGGUGGCAGGUGUCGUUUGAUCUCUGUGCGAUCGUACUAUUUUCGUUUGCAAUAAGUACUGAAUUUUACCAGUGGACGCAUGCAUUUGUCUCUGUGUGCUGAUUUCCAACUGCAGAUGAGAUGUUGAUGACUGACUGCCAGAGAAAAUAGGCUGCUACAGCUCGAUAGGAAGUCUAAUCGCAUGGGGGAAAAAUGGCGCUGUUGGCGCUGCUCCUCGGGCUCAUCCUCAAUUGCCCAGCUGAAUAUCCAGGAGCAAGAGCCGAAGCUGAACUCUCCGGCGUCAAUCACAAUGAACUUGACGCGACGCUUAAGCCAUUGGACGUCGAUCUGCCACCAACACUACCCAUGAGUUUCGGUACUGAGAACUCCACCGUGAUACGCGCUCAGUCUGGCUCGACUGCACAUCUACCAUGCGUCGUACAUAACUUUGGCGAAGGAAUGGUGACGUGGAUAAGACGUAAAAAGGAUCAUCAGCUUUUAACGGUCGGCUUGACAACUUACGCAAGCGACGAGCGCUUUCAAGCGCGUCACUUUCAACAUAGCGAAGACUGGACCUUACAGAUCAAGUAUGUUCAGUCAAGGGACGCAGGCACCUAUGAAUGCCAGGUCUCUACUCAUCCGCCCACUAGCAUAUUUCUAUUCCUUGAGGUUGUCGAGGCACGGGCAGAAAUAGUUGGUCCAAGCGAGAAGUUUGUGCGACCAGGUAGCACAUUACAACUACAUUGUCUGGUAAAGCAAUCAACGGAAACGCCAUCCUUUCUUUUUUGGUACCAUAACCGACGCAUGAUCAACUAUGACGUUGAUCGCGGCGUAAACGUAAGUACGGAUUUGACGUCACGAGAGUCAUGGCUAGAAGUACCGCGGGCUUCAGGACGUCAUUCCGGCAACUACACGUGCGAGGCAAGCAACGCAACACCAGCCCGCGUCACCGUACACAUUUUCAACGGUGACAAUCCAGCGGCAAUGCAGCACAGUGUCGCAAGCUCACCGUCGGUCAUCGCUUGCUCGGCGCUCUUGACUCUGAGCACCGCGCUGAAAUUAGUUGUGCAACGGAUUUACGUUUAUGCGGGCAGUUAAGUGAACAGAGUUCUCAUUCAGAGACGCACUAAUUUAUUGAACGUGAAGUGAUUGCAAAUUGAGGUUCUGUUUCAUCGACGAUAGUUAAAUUUGGUUACCGACAUUGCUUUUGUCGGCGCAUGAUUGGUAUUUGAUGAUUGAUUGUUAGACGGAGUAAACGCGUGAUUUUUCAUUGAAUGAUCGCCUUGUCGGUAACUAAAUUGUUGGGAAGAUGUGAAAUUGAUUGUUUAUAAUGUACUUCACAGUUUCCUUCUCGCAAAUGAGCUUACUGACGUGUUCGUAAUUGACGUCUUCCAUAUUUGAGUAUUACUAACCUACACUAAUAUACAAACGAAAUGAUUUCUUUAAGUGAUCGAUAUGUAUACUGUUGUUCAUUUUCCAAUUUCACGUCUUCUACUUACUGAUAAUUAUCGAACAAUUGUCCUCCUUCUUUACCUCGUAUGUAGUUUUCAAUGCAUAAUUAUGGGAAAGAUAACAAUUGUUCGAACCAAUUUUCAGAAACGUAAGUGUCGGUAAGGAAGGGGCCAGACGCAAUGUAUCAUAUAAUACAUACAAGUAAUUUUUUCAAAUCCCCAUAUUAUAUAUAACCAUUAACGAUUAUCGUCCGCUGAAAAAUAAUUGUCUAAAGCAACGCCACUGCGUCUUCUUGUAAAUCACCUAGUUGCAUAAGUUGUAUUGUAAUAAGUAUUAAGUGAUCAAUUUCAAUCAAUGUGGCGACUCGAUCUGCUGUUUUAAACAAUUAUUCUUCGAGAGAAACCCAAUUAAACACAAUGGAAUCGAUAAAAUCUGUAUAAAAUAUCUGUCUUAGAGAUUUAAGAAGAAUGUAUUAUCCUUGAGCAAGACAAACCGAGACAGGUUUAUUGUCUCGAAUCUCAUGAAGUUCACACACGUAUAGCUUCUCUCACCCUCCCUCUCCUGUCUGUGCUGCGAUUGUCUCCAACCAAAGAAAGUAUUGCACACAUACAAAUAACGAGCUCACACGAUAUCCCGCAAACAAAUAACUCGACAGCUUGUGCAGCUGCGGCAGACCGACUUUACUCUGACCCUAUGUCUCUUCGCUACUCUCGAAAACGCCGCGUGCGCCAACCCACCCGAGUUACAUUUGAAACUAUUGAUUACACUCGCGCGUUUUGGGACUUCCGUGUCUUUUCCUUGUUUACUGCUGAUUCGAUUUUUCAUAUUUUAUGUGACUCAUCGAUAAAUAUUCAACAAUCCGUGCACUGAUAUUGCAACGGUGAUGUUAUUUGCUUCGUUGAGUUUCGGCAUAGGACAGAUCAUUCAUUUCAUAUCUAAGUCGGAUCCUACUUCAUCGCCAAUGUGUUCUUAAUUUGAACAACUUACCACAAACUCGUCGAAUAUAAUAACAAACUUCUAUUAUAUUAUUUUCCUGCUUUUCCGACUCGCAACACUCAACGAAAAAGAAAAGCCCAUACUCGAGUACUGAAAAAAAGAGUGAAGUGCUAUUAUUGUGCGCGAAGCGAGUGGCUUUACACUCGCCUCGCAAAAGAAAAAGAGACAGAGGCGCAUGUGCCGCGCGACGCGACAGAUUAACAUCGCUUUCGCGCACGGCAAAUUGACAGCCAGCCUUGCGCGGACGCAAAAUUUUCACGUGAGAGAACUCGGGAGCAACACUGAAGCUAUAGCUGCGUGUGUCUCGCCUUUGUUUUUCUUUUUAAUUCAGUCCACUGUCCUUCAUCGUAGAUGAGAAUUUCUUUUAAUUGUUGAAGCGUGCAGCUUUGCAAUUAUUACGAUUGAAUCGGUGCUUUUAUUUUCCAUUAGUCUUUUAUUUGUCGCGCAAUAAUGGCCUAGCAAUCCAACAAUAAUUAAUGGAAAUCUCUUUGGAUCAAUAAAAAAAAACGGAUUACUUUUCAAAUACUUCGAUAAUGAAAUCAACCCUCAAGAUACGCACUCGUUGAUUUUCACCUGGAUACAAUUUUGUUUUCUCAUGCAAAUCGUUUUUCAAUAAAUAUCCUAAAGUUGACCGGAUUAUACCAACUUUAUUUCCUAUUGCCUAACAUGCAUCCACUACGAGAAAAUAUAUAAAGAAUAUUCGCUCGUUACAAAUGUCCUAAUUGAAACGGUUAAACAAAAUUGUAAACGAUGUUUCGGAAAGAAAAUCUCCGUCUCUCUACGUCAAUCUUCGGCUACAUUUCGAAAAAAACCAGCCGAUCGCUCCCCUUAUCACUCAGUGCCGCAUUAGCUUUCUUUUUUCUGAUUGGUGCACUGAUGAUCACGAAGAAGGAUGAAGGCAAGAGAAGAGAAAAAAAGAAUACUAAAAAAAUUUAAAAAAGCGCUGUAAGUUUGCUAUUGACUCUCCAACCGAAAACUUUGCUGGACAGCACAGCUCCCAGAGAGGUGAUUAAUUCGAUACACCAAGAGAAGAAAAACUUUGCUGUUACACUUUUUACCGGCAUGUCGCGUCAACAAGCGUUAAAUCAUAGCGUCGUUUUAAUUAAUGCACUUAUAGGCUUACAGGAGGCCAAUUUAACGAUGCGUGAAUCCUUAUUUAUUCGUCGGUUGAUUUACAAGUAAGUGCGUGCAUAUGUGUACUUGUAGGGGGGAACGACUUUAUGGCUGACCCGUAAAUAUUUAUCACGCCCAAGGUUUUAUGGCCGAUGCGAAAAGUAACUUGUUGAUGUUUUUAGUAUACUCGUAUUUAUUAUAGUUUAUUCGGACGUGAAAGCUGCCAUAUGAGGAAAGCGUGGAUGUUGAAGUUUCCCUUUCUUUUUUUACGAGUAAAUUAGUGCCAGAAUGUUGAUUAAUGGCACUAUUAUAUAUAUUUUCUCGUAAGGCAAUAAAAUUUAUCAGUUCUUGCGUUAAUGCACAGCCAAUUUAUUGGAUUAUCAGUAUGAAUGUUUUAUCCUAUAUAUACUCGUAUAUAUAUAUGAUAUGAUAUGAUAUCAAUCUUUGAGCUUGUGAAAGUGUGUAAAUGGCGAUAAAAAUAAAUAAAUAGUCGCGUUGAUCGUUUAUUUUUACAUUGGUUCACUCGUAUUAUAUAUACACGAUAUUCGAUUCUAACAAGCAUAUAAUAUGACAUCGUAACUUAUGACGUAAAUUAUAUAUAAAUGCAUAACGAUUUAGACGUCAAAAACAGUGUGUGUCAACUGUAAAAAUUAAUAAGAACAAGCGUGUUUGUUGAGAUUAAGUGCGAGGAACACUUCAUUGUUACGAAAAAACUGUUUCAUAUUCUAUUCCAUUAGAUUUUUAUGAGCGCUAUAAUUAUAUACAUUCUGUGAGUGUAAAUUAAUGAAGAGAGAAAAAAAAAGAACAUGUUAAUAGUGUUGAUAAUUCGUUUGAUACUGUAAGUGGUGCAUCGAAAAUAAGUUUUUUAAUAAAAUUAAAUAACUACGGCUAAGUCACGUAAACGGAAAUUGAAGUUGAAUUUCAAAAGUUAUAAUCAGUGUUUGGAAUAUCUAAUGAUUAUAGCAAACUCUUGAAACGUCUUUAAGAUUAAGAAUGACUGUGAAGAACCUGUACAAAGGUCAGUAUAAUUGUAUCGAAAUGAAUUGCGAGAUUGAAUUAAAGUAGUUUAAUCGAGUAGAGAUAAAAAAUAUAGGUUACAAUCGUAUGGUAUAAAUAAGCGUUUAUUGAUAUUGAGUUCGACGGUCGAACAAUAAAUUAUUUAUGAUUAGUUUAUGAAAAAAAGGACAUUACUGAACCAUAUUUUUCAUAAAUAAUAAGACAAACGAAUGUUAUGUUUUGUUUCAGUUUGAAUUUUAUGAAUAUUAAGUCAUAAUUGUUGAAGUUUAUUAAUUUGUUAAUGUAAGAUUUUCCAGACUAUGUUAACCACGUGAAAUAUACGAUAUGUGCAAAAUAAUGA